GUAGUGGAUGAAGCCGACCAAACUGUCACAUGUGUACAGCUGUUUACCUGAUUCCGGUGUGUCCUCGCUGCCUCCGUGUUACCGACUUACCUGCACACGCAGUUUUUUUUGUUUUGUACGGGCUGCCGCCGCGCAGCUGGACGCGGAGUGCUGAGAUUGUUGCAAGGAGGGGGCAGCGCUCUCUUGAACUUUUACAGCUGUUUCCGAUCAUUUUUGAAUGCGCUUUACUGAAGUAGCUCAGUGCUGGAGCGGCCAGCGCCUCAUAAAAGCAUGGACGGAUUUAGCAGAGUCGCUUUUCGCAGGAAACAACAAAGUGCGGAGACUGCGGAGCCUGCGGAACCACGAGAGGCAGAGAGGAAAGGCAAAGCCGUCUGUUUCCAGUCCAAAAACGCAGAUGAAGAGGCCUGCGUGGCGGUGAAAAUCGAACACUCCGGAGCUCUCGGCAGCAGCCCAGCGUGCGAGCACAGCGGCCCGCCCAGUGUGCAGGCGUGUCUGAGUCGGGCAGGCGGCGGGACAACUAACAAGGGCAGAGGAGGAGUCAAUGGAAGAGGCCCUGGCAGCAGGACUCGGCUGCAGUCUAAACCACAAGUGCCUCCAAAGCCACCUCAUCUUCAGAGCCCGGUGACGGAGCUCUCAUCCCCGCUGGGCUGCAUCCAGAAACCCCCACUUAGACCGGGCAUGGAAGAGGGAGGCGGAGGCGGAGGUGGAGGUGGAGGAGGAGGAAGAGGGGCUGUGAACCGGGAGAGGGCCAGGGAGAAACACUCCAAAGUCUCAGACCUGAUCAGCCACUUUGAGGAGAACAGCAGCACAGAGAACAAGAGAGACAGCUCACCACUCAAGCCUAUCAGCAAGUCGAACAACUGCAGCCCAGCCCACCGCCCCCACCAGAGGCAGACGGAGACCAGCAGGAUUCAGGAGAGCCACUCUCCCGUACUUGCCGCGCAACACCAGGAUGACCACAAACCUGCGGCUAACGGAGUGCUAGUGCAGAUGGAGCAGGGCAAGGAGAAGGAAGAUAAAGAGGAGUCUGAGAAUGAAAAUGUCAGGAUAGAGACUGCUGGGCUGGUAAAUGGAGAUAUGGGGGACGGGAGCGCAGAACAGGAUGAGGAUCAUUCACCUCCAGAGACGGACAGGACUGAUACAGAAAGCCACACUGGCAAUGAGGACAGUGGGACCACAACAGAAAGUGAGCACAGGAAUGAAGAAGAGAGCACAGACCAUAAGGAGACGAACGAACAGAAGCUAUUUAAGAUUGCCAGCGAGCUCUUGCAGACAGAGAAGGCCUAUGUAGCCAGACUUAACCUGCUGGACCAGGUAUUCUGUGCUAAGCUAAUGGAGGAGGCUAAUAAGGGGACAUUCCCUGUGGACGUAGUGAAGAACAUCUUCUCCAACAUCUCCUCCAUCCACGCCUUUCACAGCCAGUUUCUGCUUCCAGAUCUGGAGAAACGCAUGGGAGAAUGGGCGUCCACACCUCGCAUCGGGGACAUCCUGCAGAAGCUCACACCUUUCCUCAAGAUGUACGGGGAGUAUGUGAAGAAUUUCGACAAUGCCAUGGAGCUGCUGAAACAGUGGACUGACCGUUCGCCUCAAUUCAAGGCCACCAUUCAGGAGAUACAGAGUCAAGAGGUCUGUGCCUGCCUGACACUUCAGCAUCACAUGUUGGAGCCCGUGCAGAGAGUCCCUCGAUAUGAGAUGUUGCUUAAAGACUAUCUGAAGAAGCUGCCUGAGGACGACUCUGACCGGCGAGAUGCAGAAAAAUCAUUAGAAAUCAUUGCCACCGCAGCUACUCACUCCAACAGUGCCAUACGAAAAUCUGAGAACCUGAAGAAACUGUUGGAGAUAUACGAGAUGCUGGGUGAGGAGGAGGACAUUGUUCACCCCUCUAAUGAGUUCAUCAAAGAGGGCCACAUUCUGAAGCUGGCAGCCAGGAACACCUCGGCCAUGGAGAGAUACCUCUUCCUGUUCAACAACAUGCUGUUGUACUGCGUGCCCAAAUUUAGCCUGGGAGGACCUAAGUACACAGUGAGGACGCGAAUCGGCAUCGAUGGCAUGAAGGUCCUGGAAACGACCAAUGAGGAUUACCCUCAUACAUUCCAGGUGUCCGGAAAGGAGAGGACACUAGAGCUACAGGCCAGCUCAGAGCAAGACAAGGCAGACUGGAUUAAGGCGUUCCAGAAUACCAUUGAGAUCUUCCAGCAAAAAAACGAGUCAUUCAAGAAUGCAUUAAAAGAUGUGGAGGAAGUAUCGAAAGCAGAGCUGGGGAAGCGUGCCCCUCGUUGGAUCCGCGACAAUGAAGUGACAAUGUGCAUGAUGUGUAAAGAGCCUUUCAAUGCUCUGACACGGCGGAGACACCACUGCAGAGCCUGCGGCUAUGUGGUGUGCUGGAAAUGUUCAGACAACAAGGUGCCGCUCGAAUAUGACGGGAACAAGAUGAACAAAGUCUGCAGAGACUGCUUCUCCAUUUUGACUGGGGAAAGGGUAGCCGAAGGCAAGAGGAAGGGCAUCUUGGAGAUCGAGGCAGCUCAGUUCACGGGCAGCAGCAUCAUGUGUGGCUUCCUGCAGCACUGCGAGAAGAAUAAACCCUGGCAGAAGGUGUGGUGCGUCAUCCCCGAGAAGGAAUGUCUGGUGCUCUACCUCUACGGAGCUCCGCAGGACGUGAAGGCCCAGUGUACAAUCCCCCUCCUGGGUUAUUCUGUGGAUGAUAGCGUCCGGCCCACAGACACUCCUGCCAGCUUCCGUCUCUCCCAGUCCAAGUCCGUCCACAACUUUGCUGCUGAAACUGAGGAGCUUAAGCAGCGCUGGCUGAAAGUCAUUCGAGUGGCAGUGACGGGAGAGAUGCCAGAUUGCCCUCAGACCAAUGGCAGCAAUACAAGCAUGAUGGAUAACAACAACACACAAGAGGCGGCUACUGAUAGCACAUGAGGCCGCGUUUUCUACAAGCAAACUGAUAUUGGGUGGCUCAAGAGAGACAGGAUAAGCAGAUGUGUACUGCACAAACGAAAUACAAAUGCAUACUUUCCAUGAUGUCGUUGAAUCUCAAUCUUAAGGACAAAGUGGAGAAAUCAGUGCUGGAUAAGCUGCCUUUUCUUGUCCUUCUCCUGUUCCCCAGUUUCCUCCUGGAUUUUCUCAUAAACCCAACUUUUGAUUCACUGCUAGAGCUGUGCUGGAUUACUAAAGGACAUCUCUGGUACAAUCAACACUAGAGCAGAGGGUCCUAAGGACUGAUGGACUUCCCUCAAACAGGCACUAUUAGACAGCUCAAACCCGCUCUUCAUGGACCUCUGUCAACUCCUCUUGAGCCCAGUGGACUACAACAGACUUACACAGGGCUCCCUACAGGAUGUGAAUCAAAGCAAAAGGACAGUUCAAACUUAGUCUGCUGGUGCUGUAACGCAGCUCUGCGUACAUGUAGGUGUAUAAAUGUUUGUUUUUUCUUUUUGGAAAGGAACGUUUUUUUUAUUUUUAAUGUACAGAAAUCAGUCCCAAACUGUUUCUAAAACACAGAAAACCAUCUAAGGAUGAUAUAAAGUAUUUACAGUAUUCCCCUUUUUCUUUGUUUGAGAAGAUGGUUCCAAAACAGGGAAAAUGAUCUUGUGGUUGGACUAAUGAUGGUCUCAUCUCCCUCUCUCAUCCCUCAGUGAAAAUUAAUCAGCAGUCUUAUCAAAAUCUGGAUGCACGCUGGCUGAUAUGUCUGUCUGCUCUUCAGUUGGCUGCACCUACCCUAUAGUGUGUUUUUCUAUGAAUUUGCAAAUCAAAUCAGUUUUGAAUAUAUGUAGACAGCUCACCACAGAAUAAAUAGAUUGUCGUAGAGUUUGUUGAGCGCAAAAAAUACCAGCUUCAUAAUGGCCUAUAGGGGUGGGCGACGAGGAUAAAAUCUUCUGUUAUAUAUCAGAAAUUCUAUGAGAAACCAUUUAUAGAUCAAAUAACCAAGUGUGAUAAUCAAUGUGCUUCAUUACAUUUAUGCAACACUGAUCCUGUAAAUCCAAUACUACAAUAAGUCAGUCCUGCUCAUUGACAAUGGCAAGCAGAGGUUAAUAAUACAGGUAAUACAGGUUAAUAACAGUGUGUAACACAGGUUUUCUGUCAAAUAUCUGAAGUCUCAAGCAUAACUCAAGAUGACCCUGAUAACAUCAUCUGAGUUAUUUUUCUCAGACUUGGGAAAGCUCCCUGCAGAGCCACAGAAGACAUCUUACAACUAUUAUCAAAGCUUGAGCGCUACUUUCCGAGGGCAAGUAAACUGAACACUACAUGUAAAAUCAGUGGAGUGCCCCUUUUAAGUUAUAGUUGCCUUAGUAUGAACAAUGCAGCAAACUGACAAACUAAGUCACAAAUGUCUAUGGUCUUACAGUAGGUUUUUGUCAUACAUUGCCCAACCCUAUGGCCUACACAGUUCAGUUUGUAUUAAAAUGGCACAUUACAAUUGUUUAUUCUAAUCCGGUAUUGAAAAUGAUGGAUGAUAGUCCUUUUAUGUGCAAAACUGAGGAUGAUUAUCAAAUAGUAGUCUAACUACAAAACUGUCACAGACUUCAAUUCAUGUAGAGAUGAGCAGGGAUCCUCAUUAUAUUUGUUUGGCAGUUUUCUAUUUAGAUGCAAAUGCAGCACAAUCACAGAUAUAGCAAGCUGGUGCAAGAAAUGUAAAUGUUUUUAAUGCUGUAAUUAUUAUUUAAAAAGUAAUUUAUAGAGUAUGACAAGCAUGAUCUGUUAAAAGUAGCACACAUGUGUUCCCUCACUUUCCACUAAGAAGUGCAGUAGAUAGAUCUUAUUUUUCUGAAAGCAGAUUUUUUUUUUUUUUCACUAACUCAUCACAUGCAUCGCCUCAAUUCUUCAGUGUGACAAGGGCCAGUCAUAGUGUUCAAUGCACUGUGGGGGUGAAAUGUGCCUAUACUCUACACAGUGAGCAUCUUCAUUCACAUGGUCUGGAGUUCCCCUUAUACUCGAUGCUGGUGCUCACCUGAGUCUCACCCCUCUGAACUCUCUCCCCUCUUCAAUAUUCAAAUAAAAAUUUUAAAAAAGAGCACAAAACUUCUGUCUGUAAGAUCUGAAUGUAUAUCCAGAUUUUUAUGUGUCCUCUCAUCCCCUCCCCAAAGGUUUGAGAAUCUAAGCACUUUACAGUCCUAUAAAGUGUACCUUCAAAGAAAUAAACCAUAUUCAAUCUUAUUUUAUGUGCAUCUAGCUUGCUCGUAAUGUUAUUUUACUGCAUGAGUAACUUGGCCUACAGUGUGCAUCCUACCAUGUCAAAUGUGUCUUAAUACAUCUGAUCACUUGGUCAUUAAUGUUACUUUCGCAGAGAAAUGUCUUGUUUUGGUUCCUUUUUUUUUGCUUCUCCUGACGAGAUGAUUUUCAGUGACUCAUCCCAGACAUGCUUUCAAACGUAAGAGAAGUCAGUAUUUGCUGUUUAUCAGAAUUGGUCGACAGUGUGAAAAUGUAAAUGAUGGUGUAGCCCUAAAAACCUGUGACAGCUCUAGUUGUGUCUGGUGCAGUGAAAAUGUCCCUGUGAAACAAAUCGUAAACAGGAAGGAGUUCCUAUUCAUACACACUGCAUAUUCACCCAACUAUGUGUCACAAGACCAUGACUCCAGU